AUGGUGAGCCUGCUUGGAACCUCGAUAAAGCACUCAAAACGAUUGCCGACAGUGAUCGAGGGGUUUUGGUCUGGAUUGGUCAACGCCCUGCUUUGGCAGAACUUGGUAAGCCAAAACCAACAAAAUCAAAUGCUGCACUUUCACAGCAAUACCAAACGAUUGGUGUUGGUGCACAAAUUUUACGUGAUCUCGGUGUUGAAAAGAUGA